AGAGCUUAAGUGCCGAAAACUGUAAACAACUGUCCCUGGAACCUCUAAAUUGGAAACUGGAAACUGUUUAUUAGCCCGAAAGACGAACUCAACCCCAAGCGAGAAAACCGGAUUAGGGUUUCUUGAACUCAUCAAUUGCCAUUGUACCGACUCGGAAAUCCAUUGAUGCGAAUCUUCCUUCGGCCUGUUUGUGCUGAGUUAGAAAGUUCGAAAGCGCUUUUUUUUUUUCCUUUUGUAAAAUAAGCAAUGGAAUUUUGCCCAACUUGUGGGAACUUGUUGCUGUACGAGAGGCGAGAGCGCAAUUGCAGAUUCUUCUGCCCGGCAUGUCCCUACGUUGCUUAUAUUGAGGACAAGGUUAAAAUAAGGAGAAAGACUAAGCUAGUUAGGAAAGAGGGUGAGUCCGCUCACACUCAAGAGGACAUGCUGAAGGGCAAAGCCAAAACUGAAGCAACGUGCCCAAAGUGUCAACAUGACAAGGCCCUUUUUGAGUCAAAGCAUAUUCCUUCCGCUGAUGAGCCAGAGACAAGGUUUUAUAAGUGCUUGAAUCCAAGUUGCGGACAUACGUGGAAGGAGGAAUAAAGAUCAUUGAGCUGUACAAUGAGAAUAAUAUCUCAAAAGGACUCCACAAGUAGGGGAUAAUCUAUCUUACAUUUUUUAAUUAUGAAAUAGCAUUUAAUAUUGAAAACCUUCUGAAUAAAUUUUGCGUGUACGAUAAGGAUUAUAAGAAGGCUGUUCUGAGUUUCUUGGAUUUGGUCUUCUCCAUUCCAUUUAUUUGUGUAAUAUUAUAAAGUUGAAUUGCAUCUUGGACCGGCCAA